ACACCCUCCCAAAUCCCUGGUACCAACAAAAAAGAAAUACAAUUGAAUUAAUACAGAUGUCAUGCGUUCUUGUUUGGGCUCUGCAACAUCCAGAGACUUUUUUCUUUUUCCCCAAAAUGGAGUAAAAAUCCGAGCUUUUUCCAAAAUGGGCAGAAUUUCUAAAGAUUUCCCAGAACAACUGAAAGGUACUCCCAAAAGCAGAAGAGCAGCAGAUACAGAGUCACCUGGUGAUAAGCGGGAAAGAAGUAUUCAUACAAUUUUGACAAUAGAUCGUUGGGAGUCACUGAACCGGAUGGAAUACAGGAUGGCAUCAUUGAGGCCAGUCCACGGAAGAUUAUCUUUGAAAAUUCUCAAUUGGGUCAUAAAGCAACCAGGUUUGGAGCUCAGUCACAUAAUUCAUAUGUACUGUAUAACGGCCCACAUACUUAUUAGAGCAAAAAUGUAUGACUCUGCUAAGUCAAUUUUGAUGCAUUUAUCUGAGAUGCGCUUUGGGUCAAGUUAUGUUUUUGAUGCUCUUAUGAAUACAUAUCGUCUUUGCAAAUCAAACCCUUCAGUUUUUGACAUUUUGAUAAGGGUUUAUGUAAGAAGAGGGAUGGUUGAGGAUGCUUUGGAGAUAUUUUCUUUAAUGGGUUGUCGGAAGUUUAGGCCCUCAGCGGAUUCUUGUAAUAUGAUCCUAGCUGCGAUGAUGAAGGGCAGGCGUGCGGAUUCAGUAUGGUCAUUUUUCAAGGAAAUGCUGGCAAAUAAUGUAUGCCCUAAUGUAGGAACAUUUAAUAUACUGUUGAAUGCUCUUUGUUUGGAGGGAAAGCUUAAGAAUGCGGGUUAUCUACUAAAUAAGAUGGAAGAAAGUGGUUAUGCUCCAAACAUUGUUACCUAUAACACGUUGCUUAACUGGUAUUGCAAGAACGGAAGAUACAAAUCCGCUUUUGGGCUGAUGGAUCGCAUGAGUUCUAAGGGUAUUGAAGCUGACGUGUGUACUUAUAACAUGUUUAUGAAUGAACUUUGUAGAAAUAAUAGGAGUGCAAAAGGUUAUUUAUUGCUGAGAAAGAUGCGGAAGAGGAGGGUAUUCCCAAAUCAAGUGACAUAUAAUACACUCAUUAGUGGGUUUGUCAGAGAGGCAAAAAUUGGGGUUGCUACUCAGCUUUAUGAAGAGAUGUUGAGUUUUCACCUUUCACCGAACCAUAUCACUUACAAUGCCUUGAUUAAUGGGCUUUCUCUGGAAGGAAACUUUGAAGAAGCUUCAGAACUUCUCAACAAAAUGGAAGAAGGAGGACUACAACCUAAUGAAGUCAGUUAUGGUGCUGUUGUGAAUGGGUUAUGCAAGCAUAAUAAGGUAGAUUUGGCAAGAAAUCUUUUCGAGAGAAUGAGGAUUAAGGGUAUGGUUAUUAGUCCAAAUUCCUAUACCAUGCUGAUGGAUGGGCUAUGUAAGAAUGGAAUGCUCGAGGAGAGUAUACAAGUGCUUGGCGCAAUGUUUGAGGAUGGUGUAAAUCCUGAUUUAAUCACAUAUUCAGUACUUGUAAAUGGAUUCUGUAGAGCUGGAAGGAUGAAUAGUUCAAAGGAGAUAAUCUGUAAGAUGUAUAGAUCUGGACUGGUAGUGAAUUAUACUGUAUAUUGUACAUUACUGUAUCAUUUUUGCCAGCAGGGAAACAUUGCUGAAGCAAUGAGAACCUAUGCAUUAAUGCAUAAAAGUGGCCAUGUUCCUGAUCUUUUUGUUUGCAACUUAUUGGUAUCCUCCCUUUGUAGGCGUGGGAAGAUAGGUGAAGCAGAAGAUUUCAUGCAUCACAUGCAUAGAAUUGGUAUUACUCCCAAUUCAUUUACUUUUAAUAGUGUAAUUGGUGGCUGUAGAAACAAAGGUGAUGGGCUAAAGGCAUUUUCUUUGUUUGAUGAUAUGAUUCAAUUGGGUAAUCACCCAAGCUCUUACACAUAUGCGAGUCUUUUAAAAUCACUAUGCACAGCAGGGAAUCUUUUAAUAGGAGUGAAAUUUUUUGAUCAACUUCGGCACAUCCCUUAUGCUGUCAAUGCUGCUGCAUACAACAUCUUACUGGCUGAGACUUGUAAAUCAGGAAAGUUCCAGAUGACAUUAAGCCUUUUAGACGAAAUGGUUUCAAAUAAUGUGCUUCCUGAUAAUUGCACAUAUACUAGUCUUUUUGAUGGGUUAUGUAGAAAAGGCAGGAUGGUUACUGCAAUUUUACUGUUUGGAAGAGCAUUGGAAAGAGGAACCUUCUUUCCUAACCAGGUACUGUAUACCUGUAUCAUCAAUGGGCUUUUCAAGAGUGGCCAUCCAAAGAUUGCUACUUAUUUUUAUGAUGAGAUGUUAAAAAAUGGUUUGAACGUUGAUACAGUAGCAUUCAAUGCUAUGCUGGAUGGUUAUUCAAGAAUUGGACAACUAGCAAAGGCCAAGAGUCUUUUCUCAAUGAUGAGUGGUAGAAAUUUGUGCCCUAAUUUGGCUACGUAUAAUAUUCUUUUACAUGGGCACUCCAAGCAACAACGCAUAUCAGAAUGCUUUUCCUUGUAUGCCACUAUGGUGAGGAAAGAUCUUCUUCCUGAUAAAAUAACAUACCAUUCUAUAAUUCUCGGACUCUGCGAGUCAGGGAUGCUGGAUAUUGGUGUCAAAUUUCUUAAAAAGAUGAUUUUGGAGGGGACUAUGGCUGACACCAUGAUGUUUAACAUGCUAAUUACCAAAUAUUCUGAGAGGGACGAAAUGGAGAAGGUCUUUGACCUUUUGAACAUAAUGAGGUCUAUUGGAGUUUCAGAGGAUGGAGAUACUUACAGCUCCAUACUUAUGGGACUUGGAAGAACAUCUAAUUUCCAAGCAUCUCGUAUUGUGUUGCAUGGAAUGUCAGGAAAAGGCUUUAUACCUACAGAAAGACAAUACUGUAGCGUAAUCACUGGUUUGUGUAGAGUGGGAGACAUACGCGGAGCAUUCAGGUUAAAAGAUGAGAUGGAGACACUAGGCCUGAGCUCCCAAAAUGUAGCUGACAGUGCCAUGGUUAGAGGCCUUGUGCGACGUGGAAAGACAGAGGAAGCAAUGUUUUUUCUUGAUUGCAUGCUAAGGGGAAAACUUGUGCCAACUGUUGCAACUUUUACAACUCUCAUGCAUCAGUUUUGCAAUGAAUCUAAAUUUUCUGAGGCAUUGGAGUUAAAAACUAUAAUGGAACUUCAUGGAAGAAAGCCAGAUGCUGUUACAUACAAUGUUCUUAUAUCAGGCCUUUGUGUCAGCGGUGACAAACUUCAAGCAUUUGAUUUGUACAAGGAAAUGAAGCAGAGGGGUCUCUGCCCCACUGUCACAACCUUUAGGGUGCUCCUUCAUGCAGUUUCUUCUGAAAAUGAUUCUGUUAAGGGCAAAACCCUUCUAGUGGAUCUGCAAGAAAGAGGACUGAUAAGUCAAGAUUUGGAUGCCCAACUUUGGCGCAAGACAUCAGUGGUUGCAAUGGAGAAGUUAGACUUCUUGAUCAAAAGAAAGAGUAGCUGCAGCCACGAAAAGGAGUAUAGCCAUUGGGAAUAUUCAUCAUUCGGCACUUCUGCAAGUUUAUGAUUGUUUCAGAUGAUUUAAACUGCCAUCUCACUCCACACUAGCCUUUGAGUAGUUAUCAUCAGAAUCAACUCCUUGGGUGCCAAAAAGGAUGACUAGAUUUUGCAUUUUUUAUGGUCAGAGCAGACGCUUGUGGACCAUCUCAAUAAGGAUUUGAAUUGGAAUCGGACCCUUGAGAAGUUAUCAGCUAUGUGUGCUCCUCUGACCUCUCACUUGAUCCUGCUCUUCAGAUGUAAAAUUUCCAGAAACCAAGGAGAAUAAGGCGAGUAAAAACUUGUGGAGGAAGAAAAUGAGUUAAACUUGUUUGCGAUUUAUGGAAGGUUAAAUUUUUCUGUAAGUUUUUAAGUAACAGUUAUUCUUAUGCUGCAUUAUGGACCUUGGAGCAGGUUCUUAGAAAUAUUUUGUCACAUGACUCUUGUCUUUCAGCUUCCACGAUUUCUCGCAAGUGUUUUUUGACUUGAUAUAUGUACGUGUCUAAAUUGUUUGAUGACAUGCAUGGUCAUGUUUAUCUCUCUCAUUGGAAGGAUUUUUGAAGUGGUAAUCUGCUUUCCAACUCUCAAAUUUUGGGCUCAUUUGGAGAAAUCCAGGCGUGAAGAAUUCUUCAAAUUCUCCUGGCAAGGAGCGUAAAGCUUCUUUGCAGAGUACCUCCUCCUAAUAGUUCCGUGCUGAAGUAGCUAUGCAAAAUACUUGAAUGGCAUCCAUGCCUGCCUGCCUGCUGAAAUCUCGGCUUUUAUUGCUGUUCUUAACAGAGAUGGUCAAGAGGCAUGAACAAGAAGGUGAUCAUAAAGCUUAUCAAGGUCUGCUUGCUGGACUCGAUUGCCUGAUUAUGGUCAAGAGCUGGAAAAAAAAAGCCAGGAACAGAUAUGUGUUAUGGAGUGCGCAAGUGCGGGGUGUGUUGUGUUGUGUGAAACUUCAUCAAUCUGCACUUUCUACUGGAGGGGAGGCAAGUGGAAUGGAUCGUACGCAAUAUGACAUAUGGUCUUUCAAUGAUUGAGGAGGGGGCAAUAAUUUGGUGGGCAGAAGGUUGUGACUUGUGAUGAAGCGUAAGCUCCCUCAGUUGACUUCAUUAUACAGUGGCUUGUGAUGAAGAUGGUGUACCGUCCUUAUUUCUUUACUCAAUUCUCUAAUUUAUUUAUUCCUUUCUCCUCCGUAUUCUUUUUCUUUUUUUUUUUUUUUUACCAUGACCAAUGAUCUCCGUAUUCUCUGUUGUAAUUAAUGUUCGGGGAUUAUGGAACUUUUAACUGAUACACUUUCUAGAACUGAGAAAAUGUGUGAAUGCUGACUUCUUCAAAGGUG